CGAAGGAAGAAUGCGCUCACUCAUGGUUAAAUAUUUUUAAAUAAUUCCUUAGAAAAAAAUGGCAUCGUUGUUCGGUGUAGCGUUAGUAGUGCUCCUCGGAGCGUCGGGUGCUUUAUCUCAAGUUAUCAGUGGGUCAUCAUCGUGCAGCUGCAACUAUGGACCGUCGUCUUACGUCUCCGUCUGCGGAUCCGACGGGGUGACCUAUCCCACUGUCUGCGCGUUAAAUGCGGCGCAACAGACCAAUUUCAAUCUGGGCAUCCGCGGAGUGGGAGCGUGCUCGGCCGUCAACCAACAGAACACAAAUUUUGCACGCCGCUGCCCCGCCAACGGAGGGGGAAUUGUGACAGCGCCCCCAACGCAGCCCACGCAACCGCCCACCCAACCUCCGACCACCCAGCCACCCCCGACGACUCCCACGACCACCACCCCACCACCGACCACCACCACGACGGCGACCACACAACCCACACCCGGAUCACCGCCGCCCAUCGUCCCGUUCGCUGCCCGGCCCAAUUUCCCCGGACGCAGCAAGCGCCAAGCGCCUGCCAUUGAUGACCGCCACUACGGUUACGGCGGGGGUAAUUACGGGUACAACGACUAUUACGGCGGCGGUUAUGGUGGCGGUUAUGGUGGUGGUUACGGACCGAGCUAUGGCUACGGAAACAAUUACUAUAACCAGCCGUACUACGGAGGCGGAUAUCCGUCGUAUAACUACGGCGGAUAUUACAACCAACCUUACUACCCCCCAUCGUACUACUACGCGCCGGUGAUUGUCCCGCUGCCCUAUAUCUUCUCCAGCACUGUCUGCUUCAGCAACGGCACUACCGUCACCGCCAGCUCUGACCGCAUCCGCUGUGCGGUGGCUACCAAUCCCGGCUUGUCCAUCCGUUGCCACACCAGCUGCGCGCAGUGCGCCAGCCGUCCCGUCUGUCCCGUGCCGCAGCCUGGCUCGGUCACGCCCGCCCCGGUUACCGUCCCACCCGGCGGCACUCCGCCACCGCAAAUCGAUCCUUUCUCCAUUAUUACACGACUCUUCCAGUUCGAUGAGUAAUAUUUUCAUGCAGCUCGUUGAUCACGCGUUAUCAGUUGAGUUGACCUUUGGCUCUAUUUUUCUGUCCUCGGUUUUAAUGGAAUUUCUUGUGUUAAUUCGUGCGAUAUCGAUAUCGUAAUACAAUAAUGUAAUCGCUACUGGUGUGAUGAGAAAAUUGAUGGUAACAAUAAUAAUUAUUUAUUGAUACUGAAGAGUUUUUGUAGCAUGGGAUUUUCUUGUUGCGUGAAUUAGUGUAAAGAAAUGAUGAGCAGUGUGGUUCGAAAGUAUUUACUUGAAAUUCUUUGCAUGGGUAAUUUGACUACUUUGGAUUCAAAAGGAACAAAAGAAGAAAUAACAUAAGCCCUUAAUCAUAAUAAA